AUGUUCAAAAAGAAGCCGCAAAUCAAAAAUCUGUCGCCAUUAAAAUCGUCCGAGCGGCGGAGACUGGCCGACCAGAUACGCAAGGACUACUCACUGCCUGAGCCACAGAGCGAAGCAGACUCCGAGCAAACUAUAGCACAGCCACAGACAUUGUCCAGCAUAAGGAAUGCCCUUCUGCCCGAGCACACCUCCUCCGCAAAAUUCACGACUACCCAUGGAUCGAGCUCAUCCUUAAUAUCAGGGACCAUAUACGUAGGGGCUCAUCCUGACGAAGAAGAAAGAGUUCUGUGGUUUCAGAUCGGUAAAGACGACAGACUCAUACCUACCGUAUACACACUUUGGCAUAAUCCUGACUUGAUACCUCUACUACACAUUGGAGAAACUAUUGUGGGGAAGCUGAAGGGCGGUGCAGACCUGUUUGCGCCCGGCUUGAUCAAGCCAUACAGAGGUUUUGAUUCUAGGGCCACGAAGGGAGCAGUUGUUGCUGUGGCAGGUCAUGUCUCAGACACAGUACCUCGAUGGGUUGGCAUAAGCAAGGUCGAUGUCAGUACAUUACAGGACAGUGCCACAGGCACCGCCGCAGAGGGUUUACACUGGGAAGGUGAUGAGCUGUGGACAUGGAGUGCUUUGAACAAAGGUGGUACAGCUGCACCAAGCGCACUAGAAGGCUGGCCGAGUCUGAAGUUUAGAAUCGAACAGAAUAUGGACAAUCUAGAUCUCGAUGACGAUGAUGAUGACGACGACGACGAUGACGGCCCCGAGGGUGAACACGUUACUGGUGGUGUAGCCAUCGCGAAGCAUGAUGCAGUUGAGGCUGCGUCGAAAGAGAAGGACACAUUGCAGGGAGAUGAUAUUUCGGACGAGCACAUACCGACCACAAAGGAAGUCGACGAUGCCUUCUUGGAAGCUUUUGUUUACUCGAUAUACACUGCGAAGAAGAACAAUCCUGGCGAACCACAUGGUUUGGACUUUCCAAUACAGCCUUCCUAUCUCAUUGCAAACAUGAUACAACCACAUCUGAGAAACCAGUCUCCUCAAUAUACCAUAAAGAAGACUUCGUGGAAGAACACCAAAAAGUUUAUCAAGCACCUGGACAAACAACAGCUCCUGAAGUCGAAAGAUCGUAAUGGAGGAGAAACAGUUAUUCUCGACAUCGAUUUCAACGACCAAGCUGUAAGGACCUUCCAGCCCUACCGUUUACCCAAGCCGAAAGCCGCAGACACAUCCGAGGACGCAGCUGGAGGUGGUGCCGUCAAAGACACGGGCACAGAUCAAUCGCUCAACCAAAGACUAACACUCCAAACUCUCUAUCGCGCCUCUGCAAAACUCGUCCCAGAACUACUACCAACUAAGAGCCAAUUCUACACAGCUCAACAAAUCACACAAGCCAUCAAAGCCUAUCUCGACGCCAAUCCAGACCUGAUCAACGAGGCCAAAAAGCGCUACGUCAAGCUCAAUCCCUUCCUAGCAAACAACAUCCUCGGCUCCAAUAGCUCAUCAGACGACAACCGCUACCUCGCAGCCGGCGAAAUCGACCGCGGCACACUCAACCGCCGCAUCAUCGAAGACGACCACCUCUGCGUCCCGCACCACAUCCUCCUCCGAAACGACCAAACAAUAGACUCCGAUCCAACUCUAAAGCCAAAAGCUGGUCCAGCGCCUCACGUAACACUGACAAUCGAGCGUCGUGGCGGCAAUAAAGUCGUGACUGCUAUUGCAGGCCUCGAAAGCUUCUUCAUCAAUCCCCAUCUCAUACGGCCAGAGAUACAGAAGAAGUGUGCUGGAAGUGCGAGUGUUGGACAGCUUAUGGGUGGUAAGCCGGGGAUGUUGGAGGUGCAGGUUCAAGGUGAUCAGAGAGCCAUUGUUGAGAAGGAGAUUCUGGGGAAGCGUGGUGUGAAGCCGGAGUGGAUCGAGGUGGUUGACAAGACGAAGAAGAAGGGGAAGAAGUAG